UUAUCGAUGAAAAUAGUGCGUAAAAUGUGAUUGGCGAAAAUACAUUUUGUUACAUGUUCCUCCGCAUCUGUUCUGUGACAGGAGUACGUCAGAAGAUAGUGAAUCGAGGAGAAGUACGGCCUGUUUUCACUUGGAAUUCGUGAACGAGGAACAAAAUGGAUCUUCGGAAAAGAGUUACAGAUUGGUUUUCGCGAAUGAGAAGCUGUAAAACAGGAACUGGAACUCAAGCUGAGGCAUCUGUUGCUGUUGUUGACGAUGAUCCAGAUUUGGAAAGAACUCUUUGGCGCUUUGAACCGUAUGUCAUGAAAGUUCAGAGCGUUUUAAUAUGGGAAAAUCCAGUGAUCAGUGUGUUUUGUGUCGUAGUGGUCAACAUUUUAUUUUGGUUGGUUGUCAAUUUCCAGUGGCGUUUUUAUGGCCUUUUGUUCACUCUUGCCCUUACAGCAAUUCUUUAUGACGUGUGGGCACAGAAAUGUUGGCCAGAAAUAUCAGAAUCCUUGUCGGAAAAGACGAGACGCACUUUGCAAGUUCCACCCAUGCAAACAAGAGCAUUAACUGUUCCAGAGAUAAGUCACUACCUGAGCCAAGCUCAGUCUAUGUUGCGAGACUACUACAUCUGGUUAAAAAAUAUGAGAGAUGACCAGCCAGGCAUGUUUUGUUGCUUGAUGUGUGCAAGUUUCUUGGUUCUUACUGUUAUCGGCCGUACUGUUCCGGGAUGUGUUAUUGGCUAUAUACUGAUAAUGACUGUUAUAGUUGGUCCUGGUGUCUGCAUUCAUGUUUUACCUCCAACUGCAGUACAGAAGCUGAAAAAUUUUUGUGUAUCAUUUAAGGAGAAAGGAAGAGAUACAGACAGUGAAGUAGAAGACUACUUGCCGGAGCAGACGGGGGAAAAUUUGGCACUGCUACAGCAAGCAGGAGAACCAAUUGAAGAUGAACAGCAGGAUGAUUCUGUUAUUCCAGAGGAGUUUGGACUUGAACUAGAGAUGAGUGGUAAUGAUCCAACAGCCCCAGAUUCGUUGGUGACACAGACUUCUUUUGUAACUGGAAUGAAUGCAAUGCCAUCCCACGAGGAGGGAAGUACAGAUGGUCUCGACAUCAGUGACUUUGAUUUGUCAGCUCCACCAUCACAGCAUGGAACUAACGGUGGUGAUCUGCACACAAAACAAGAACUAGAAAUUGAACAGUCAGACACAGAUGAGGAUGACAUUGGAGAAAUUCAUUUUCAGAGUUCACACUUCAAUGGUGACAGCUCUGAAGAAGAAGAGAAGGACUUCGUGCAGGGUCUUAGCUUUGAUGCUGCCGAAGCAGACAAGACUGCAGGUCAUCCAAGCAAGGCCACUGUGAGUGGAGGCCUGAGUGAUAUCUUGACAUCAACUGCUGUGCAGGCUGUGGCGAGAAACAUUGCAGAUAUUACUGCGAUGGGACAGAGCUUAAUUUCUACUGUGAUAGGCACAGGUGCAGCUUCAGUUCAAGAAGCCAGUGCCCAAACUCCUCGGCAGCAGUCUAAUGUUUCUUCUGUGAAACCCUCUGAUCAGUGUUCCUCCUCAUCUUCAGACAGUGAUGACUUCGAGAUGAUUUCACAGGAUGAUCUCUCGUAACACAUACUGCUCUAUUUCGUGUGUAUGUUGUGUCCUUUUAAUAUCUGAUCUUUAUUUUGUAAUAUUUGCCCACUAAUUGUAUAAGUGGGGACAAUUAAUUAACAAAACUAGAAAUAUUUAUACCAAAAUAAUUAUUUUUUAUUUCAGGACUUUUUGACAAAAUUCAGUAUUCUGAAUACAAAUUGUAUUACAUGAUGAUUUUUGUAACUUGCAGCAGUUGUAAUCUAGAACCCAAUAAAGUACUUAAAAAUUUGUUGUGCCGUAUAUGCUGCAACAAAUUAUGCUUAAGUAAAGAAGAAACCUUUUCCCUUUCAGUGAAAAUUGGACAAUAUGAAUAAUAAACUGAAUGUGAUGUGUUGCAAAAAAAAAGAUAGAAAUUAGUAUUUUUCCAAUUUCUAUAAGAUUGAAUGUUUUAGUAGAUUGAAUAUUAAAAAAGAUUGUAAAUAUGUAAAUACUCGUGGAAAAAAUACUUGAUAGUUAUUGCUGCUGUGCUUAGUGUUAAGAUUUUUGAGUGUUCCUUAUGAAUGUGAGAUAUUUUCCUGAAUUGCUUCUGUCAUUGUGAUACUUUUAACAUAUCUUUUUAUCAGAUGAAUUUAUACAGCAGCACUCCAAAAGUCUGUUUGUAAUUUAUAUUAUGACAGUCUGUUUUGGGUAGCAGUAUUUCUGUUAUUUUUUUAAAACUUUUAGAUCUGUUGAGUGUACAUGUAGCUGCAGUAUUGUUGUUUCCACUUUUUUAUCAACAGUUACAGAGUAAUUGACUGGUCCUAUAGUAUAUCAAUUUUUCUUAAGUGGAAGAAAAUCUUUAUAUAUUGCAGAGAAUUUUAUUAGUGUUCCAGCAUAGAAAGUAAAAUGAAUCACUCUCUCUGGAAUUUGAAAUACAGGCUCCAUAUCCUCUCCUUUUCAAAAGCAGUGUGUAACUUAUUUUUAAAAAAGUGUAAUUUGUGUAAUUUUUAUUAUAAGUGUGAAGUGAAAAUGUUACCUGUAAUUUUGUUGUAAUACAGAAUAAGUAUUUGCUGUGAUUGAAAUAUUUGUAAGAAAAUAAAAGCUAAUUUAUUGAACUGUA